AUGCCGAAAUUACCCGCCAAACGCACUCCGAUAGAGAUUAGCAGUAAAAGAACUCGAAAAAGAGAAGAAGCACCAAUUUUAGAUCCACGAUUCUUCAAUACCAAAAUCAACCUUCUAAAGCAUGUAGAGAACUAUCAAUUCCUUUAUGACAAAGACAAAGAGGUUUUAGCAGAACGACAAGCCCAAGGCCAAGAUAUCAAAGAACAAAAAGCACGGAUUGCCGCCCGAGAACGACUCAUUCGUUUACAACAAGCCGAACGAGAAAGAAGCCAAUUAGAAGCCGAGCUAGUCAAAGAGGGCAAAAAGCCCUUCUAUCUUUCCAGUAAGCGUAAACGAAUAUUACAGGCCAUGGAAACAGCUAAAGACAAAGGUGUAGAUGCUGUAGUUAGUCGGCUAAAGAAGAAAGAGAAGGCUAAAGAGAACAAAUCAAGAGAGAUUAUAUCACAAUAA